AUGUCUUCAUCGAGCUCGAGCUCAAGCUCUAGCUCUGAGAAACAGAAGCGAAAACAACGAGAUGAUGAUAUCAAUGCCAAGAUUGCGGCCAGGAUGGCAAAGCGAGAGCAGGAAGAGAACGCCUGGCAGGGAUGGAUUUGUCCCUGCGGCGGCAAAAACUUUGUCAUGAAAGGACGUUGCUACGCCUGCAACGCCCUGAAACCGCUGAGCGGUGCGCAGAAGGGCCUGGCGGCGGCGGAGAAGAUCGCCCAGUCCAUCGCGCGUGCUCAUUUACCGCCCGAGCCCAAAAAGAAGCCCGAGCCACCAUCAUCGUCGAGUUCCAGCUCGUCCUCGAGGUAUGCGAAGAGUCGCAGCCGUAGUCGAAGUCGGUCCAGGGAAGCACCUGCCACCCACUCUGAGACGGAGGAGAUUAUGGAGGCGAAGGCGCAGGCGGUGAAACGCUUAGAAGAGAUCAAGGACAUGCAGGGCACAGCGGAUCAGAAGGAGAAAGCCUUCAAGAAGUUACUCCGCGAAUGGCACCCGGACAAAAACGUGGAUCGCGUGCAAGUCUGCACCGCCGUCUUUCAGUUCUUGCAGAAGGCGAGACACCUUUUCAAACACGGCUGA